ACACCUAACUUCCGGCCAAUCUCUCCCUGUCUCUCGCUCAUUCCCACACACACACUUUCUCUCUCUCACACACAUACACAAAUAUUAAACCGGUUUAGUGUCAGGGUAUGUGGACGGGUGAACGGGCUCCGGUUCACAGGAUUAGGACCCUUCCUACGGUGUGUGUGUGUGUGUGUGUGUUUGUGUGAGUGUGUGAGUGUGUGUCGGUUUUGCCGCGCGGCCCCUCCCGGUGUGCGGGGCUCCAACAUCUGAGAGUUUGAUCGGACUGACCGACAGGCAGCGGCGGGAGAGAGCAGCGGUGUUAGCCCGCACACAGGACAAAGAACCCAGGGGGGAGAAUCCGGAUUUUAACCUGGGAGGAGUGGAGGAAGAGAGGCGGAACAUGGACCGUGUGCUUGGGAUCGUCUUCACCGUCUUCGUGCUCGGUGAGGUCUCGGCCCGGGUGGUGAAGGUAUCUCCUGGCCCGCUGAUCAGGGUGGAGGGUCAGCCCGUCUCCAUCAGGUGUGACGUCAGUGAAUAUGAAGGACCGCGAGAACAGGACUUUGAGUGGGAGAUGUCCAGCAGCUCCAGCGGCUCCAGGAUAAAGAUCAUCUCCACCUUCGACGCAGCGUACUCCCACGCGUCCCUCAGCAAGCGCGUGGCGUCCGGAGACAUCUCCGUGGAGCGUCUGCAGGACAACCAGGUGGAGCUGAAGGUGGCCGAGGUGAAGUCCACGGACGCCGGCUUCUACUGGUGCCAGACGCCGAGCACGGACUCUGUGAUCAGCGGGAACUAUGAGGCGAAGGUCAAACUCAUCGUCAUCCCAAACACACUCAGAGUCUCCCCUCUGGCCCCGCCGCCUGUGGUCCCAGAAGGAAGUGACAUCAUCCUGUCGUGUAACGUGACCCGUGAGCUGACCCAGCCCACCUACCUGUCCGUCACCUGGUCGGUGAAGAGGGGGUCGACCUCCGAGGACAUCCUGGUGUUUGGACCUCAGGGAGACGUAGCGGUCGGGCCCAAGUACGCCCGCAGGUAUGCCGACGGAGGAAUCCGAUUGGUUCCUGGGAAGAACGGCGCGUUCGAGCUGGUGGUUACCAGGGCAACGCCAUCGGACGACGGGUUGUAUGAGUGUAACGGGACGGAGUGGACGCACGAGGACGGAGGACGCUGGGUGAAGAUCGUGCAGGGUGUGAGAGAGAUGGGGACGGUGGCGGUCACGCCCACAGGUCAGUCCCUCAGCGUGAAGAUCUCCCCCUCCUCCCCCUCUCUACUCCUCACACCAGGCAACACCCUCACCCUCCUUUGCUCCGUCGCCGCCGACAACCUCGCCGCCCUCUCUCUUGAGGUCACAUGGCUGGUGGACAAUCGCGACAUCAUCACCAUGGAUCACAGCGGUGUGGUGAUCUCCAACACCUCCGCUUCGUCCUCCCCGGCCGGGGGAGCACCAGGAAGGAGGGGGGAGUCCAGCCUGGAGCGCAUCCGAGUGGGGGACUACAGGCUGGGGGUGAGGGGGGUGAGCGCCGAGGACGGCGGAGUGUACGCCUGCAGGGUCAGAGCCUUUGUGGAGAAAGGAGGGCGGAGCUCCGGAGGAGGCGGGAGGUGGCACAUGGCGGCGGAGAAGACGUCGAGCGUGGUGACGGUGAAGGUGGCGCAGAUCAAGCCCAACUUCACCCUGACCCUUGACCCAGUCCUGACCCCCCUGGCAACCUCUGACCCCACAGAGCUGGCUUGUCAUGUAACCAACAUCACCCAUCUGCCCCGGGGCGGUCGGCUGGCGGUCACCUGGGAGCACACCUCACUGCCUGGUGUCACUCAGGACCUGCCCACCUCUCAUCUUAUUGGCUCUCUGGACGCCCAUGGCAACCUGAUUUCUGCAUCGUCACUCUCUGAGAAGAUGAAGAGCGGAGCGCUGACUCUGAGCAGAGGUCAACCAAACACCUUCACCCUGAGGAUCCUACAGACACAGGAGGUGGACAUGGGCCAGUAUGUGUGCUCUGUGUCAGCAUGGACUCUGACCAGUCAGGGAGACCUGAUGAAGAGUUCUGAGCAUCAGAGCUCAGCGCUGACUGUACGCUGGGCGACCAAACGUCCAACUCUGAACGUUGUGGCGAAGCCGGUCCGCGAGGCGUCGGCGGGUGGCGCUACCUUUGAGAUGAGUUGCACUGUGUCCACUGAGAACCUCAGGGAGGCGGGCUACUCUGUGCUCAUCCAAUCACAGGACAGCCUGCAGAGCACCGUGAGGACGAUCAUGACUCUGAGUCCUGACAGCGUGGUACAGCACGGAGGCGCCACAGACCCCGCCCGCAGGGACAGUCUGGUCCUGGUGAAGUCCGGUCCGGCAGAGUUCAGAUUCAGGCUGAAUGGCGUGCAGCUCUCUGAUAGGGCCUUUUAUUGGUGUGCCAUCACGGCGUGGACUAAACAGCAGUCCGGUCACACCUGGACCAAAGUCACGAGCGCCGAGUCCAACAAGGUCCGCAUCGACUUCCAGGAGAACGGCCCCUCCUUCGCCAUCGCCAUCCAAUCAGACGCCAGCACAGUGUACCCCUGGGAGACGGCCAAGAUGGAGUGUUCACUGAGCGUGUCAGGAUCAUCACCCAAGACAGAUGACCUAGCGUACGAGGUGCGUUGGUUUUUCACUCGUCUCCGUGGCGGUCAGACAACCACUCAAGUGGCGAGCGUGGACCGUUUCGGUGUGUUGAGGAAGGACGCUCGAAACUCAUCCAGCGACGUUUCCGUCGAACGUAAAGACACGCACACCUACCAGCUGAACAUCCACGGCACGCAGGACAGUGACAGUGGAGAGUAUCACUGCGUGGCCACGCCCUGGUACCUGUCGGCCUCCACAGGUGCAUGGACUCAGGCUGCAGAGCUGAUGUCAUCACGAGUCUUCCUCACCGUCAAGUUUGCAGUGUGGGAGUCUCUGAAGUUACCUCUGUUAUACGGUGUGUCAGCGUCAGUAGGUGUAGGUGUCUUCUCUCUGGUCCUCGGGCUCGUGUGUGCUCAGUGCUGCUGCAGAAACACGACACACACUCCUCGCUCUCGGAACAAGCUGAUGGACCUGGAGAUGGACUGACACACAGUCUCCCCUGCACACACACACUGCAGGAAGCACCACACACACCACAGACACACACCCGGCGACGAUUACUGGGACACACAGCUGUUUGCAGCUGACGGACGCUGGGACUAAACUCACUCAUCGUCGUGGUUACUCGGUGCUCAGGACUCUGCAGCGUGCAAAGCAGGGGAUUAACCAAUCAGAGCAGGGGGCUCAUGAUUAACCAAUAGGAACA